AUGAAGCUCUGGACGGCCCUCUUUUUCUUAUUCUCGGUCGUGUGCAGUGUCUUGUCUGCAUCAACUCCGGACAAGUUUGCCAAAUACCAAAGCUUGUCUCGUUCAGGACCUGUUGAUCUGGACAGCGCUUCUUAUGAAGAUCUGACGUCUACACCCCGCGACUACUAUGCCGUGGUUAUUUUGACCGCCACCGAUUCCCGCUUCGGCUGCCUUCUCUGUCGUGACUUCGAACCUGAAUGGGAUCUGAUUGCACGGAGCUGGAAUAAGGGUCCCAAACAAGAUGAGCUCAAAGUGAUUUUUGGUACACUUGAUUUCGAUAAUGGCAAGGCUGUUUUCCAGAAGCUUAUGCUUCAAACUGCACCUGUUUUACUUGUGUUCCCUCCUACUAUCGGUCCAUUUGCCAAGGUUGACGGCAAUCCCAUACGAUUUGAUUUCACUGGCCCGAUCUCAGCUGAUCAAGUCUACUCGUGGAUCGGACGCAACCUCCCCGAUGGUCCCAAGCCUGAACUUGUUCGACCGGUCAACUACAUGCGGAUUGUGUCAGGCAUCACCAUUCUGAUGGCUGCUGUGACUGCAUUCGCGGUGCUGUCUCCUUACUUGCUGCCAAUUCUCCAAAACCGAAAUCUCUGGGCUGCAAUUAGCUUGAUCGCUAUUCUUCUGUUCACCAGUGGUCAGAUGUUUAACCACAUCCGCAAGGUUCCUUAUGUCGCUGGUGACGGCCAUGGUGGCAUUAGCUACUUUGCGGGUGGGUUCCAAAACCAAUUUGGAAUGGAGACUCAAAUUGUGGCUGCUAUCUAUGCCGUUCUUUCUUUUGCGACUAUUGCACUCGCAGUGAAGGUUCCUCGAAUGGAAGAUGUCAAGGGUCAACAGCUGGCUGUCUUGAUCUGGGCGACCGUCCUUUUUGCUACAUACAGCUUCCUCCUCAGUGUCUUCAAAACCAAGAACGGUGGUUAUCCGUUCUACUUGCCCCCGUUUUAA